CCACGCAUCACUGGCCUACCCCCUCCGAGCUCCCACCCAUCGUCUACCAUCUCCUCUCGCCCUGAAAAAAUGUUCACUUCCCGGGCCCUCACCUCGGCCUUCCGCGCUGGCGCGCCUCGCGCCCCAAUUGCCGCCCGUGUCGUCGCAACCCGAAGCUACGCCCAGGCCGCUGCACCCAGCGGCGCUUCCACCAAGCCUCCCGUUGCGCUCUUUGGUGUUGACGGAACCUAUGCCAGCGCCCUUUACACCGCGGCCGCCAAAACCAGCACUCUCGAACCCACCGCCAAGUCAUUGGAGACUCUCUCCAGCGUCUUCAAGAAGGACCCCAAGCUCUCCACCGUCCUCAGCGCCCCCACCCUUACCGUGUCCGACAAGCAGCAGAUCGUCGCUGAGCUCCAGAAGCACAUCGGUAGCGCGGACAAGGAGGGCGUCGUGAAGAACUUCUUGGAUACUCUUGCCCUCAACAACAGGCUCGGUGCUUUGGAGGGUGUUGUAGAGAAGUUCAGCGAACUCAUGAGUGCGUACAGGGGUGAGAUCGAAUUGACCGUCACCAGUGCCGCGCCUCUCGACAACCGUACCAUCAGCCGUCUCGAAUCCGCCGUCAGCAAGUCCCAAUACGUGCAACAGGGCCAGAAGCUCAAGGUGGUGUCCAAGGUCAACCCGGAAAUCAAGGGCGGCCUCGUCGUCGAGAUUGGCGACCGCACCAUCGACCUCUCCGUCUCCUCCAAGAUGGCCAAGAUGAACAAGCUACUCAAGGACUCUUUGUAA